AUGGAGAGCAGGAAGGUGGUGCUGCCGGACGAGGUCUGCUACCGCAGCCUCAUGCAGCUGUGUGGGCAGUAUGGCGAGCCGGUGCUCUCCGUCCGCGUCCUGCUGGAGAUGAAACGGGCCGGCAUCGUGCCCAACACCGUCACCUACGGCUACUACAACAAGGCCGUGCUGGAGAGCAAGUGGCCCUCGGGCACCCAGGGCGGGCGGCUGCGCUGGGCCAAACUGCGCAACGUGGUGCUGGGCACUGCCCAGUUCCGGCAGCCCCUGCGGCAGCGGCAGCUGGAGAGCGAGGCCCGCGGCGGCGCCUCGCCAGGCUGUGCAGAGACCCAGGAUGCCCGUCCCCGUCCCAGCCUCCAGCGCCAGACCACGUGGGCCGGGCACAGCCUGCGCGAGCCCUCGCCCGGCCGCCAGCUGGCGAAGAGCAGCAGCGGCACCUUCCCCCGCAGCGAAACCUCCGCGGUGGAGGCUGGCGUGGCCCAGAUGAUCAAGGCCCUGGGGGUGCUGGAGCCUGGCAGCGACUCGUUAAUCGCCUUCCCCCCAGGCCUGCGCCAGCUCCUGGACGGGCCCGGCACCUCGGAGGACGGGAGCCUAUCGGAUGUCAGCUUCCAGACGGACGAGAGCGACCGGCCGGCCCUGGACAGCGCGGAGGUGCAGCUGAGCCUGGGGCCGGGCGCCCGGGGCACCAAGCCGAGCCGGCGCGACGAGAACCACAACAGCCUGGGGGGGACGCCGCGCCGGGGGCUGGCCGCUAAGCUGCAACAGCUGCUGUCCCCAGCCAAGCGCCCCUCCCUGCGCCACACUGCCAGCGUGGAGCAAUCCAGCGCCCGGCAGGACGCCGGCUCCCUGCGCCGGGCCUCGGAGCAGACAGAGCCCCUGCGGCGCAAGAGCCCUGUGGAGAGCCUGCUGCACCCCCAGGAGCGCCCCGACUCCACUGCCUCGGAGAGCUCCGUCUCCCUGAGCAGCGAGUUUGACCUGUCAGACACGUCAUUCGGCAGCUUUAGCCUGCGCAAGUCGUCGGACCCGCUGCCUGAGGCCUUGGCCGGGCCGGAGCUGCCCCCCGUGGAGAUCCGUCUCUCCAGCUGCUCACGGUGCCACACGUGCGGCUCCCUGGUGCACGACGAGGAGGUGAUGGCCGGCUGGACGCCUGACGACUCCAACCUCAACACGACCUGCCCCUUCUGCACCCGCCCCUUCGUGCCCUUGCUCAGCAUCGAGAUCCAGGACUUCCAGCAGCCCCCCAGCUCCUCGGAGUCUCCCCAGAGCCGCAGGGAGCAGCCGCCUGCCGGGCGGGGCCCGGUGCUCAGCGACCGCUCCCAGUGCCUGGCUCUGGAUGAGGCCGAGCCGGAGCCGGGGAUCCCCCCAUCGCUCUGCAACGGCUGCACGGACUCCUCGGUACGGCGCCUCCCCCGCCCCCAGCAGCUGAGCGAGGCUCCCUCCGGAGCCGCCAGAAGGGGGCGCUGCGGGCAUG